AUAAAGCUCAUGGUGUUCUCUACAGCUCAUCCCCUGAGCACCUUAUGCACGAGGCUGAAGAAUUUCUGCAGGACAUUAUGCCUCCUGAGCUUGCAGCACCUCUCGAACCUACAACUGACAAGCCCAGUGAACAUGUCGUGCCUCCGAAGUCGAUCGGGAAACAGAUGCCUGCAAAAAUUCCCAAAAUUUGGAAAUGGGAGGGCGAUAUGUUCUGUUUACAGGGCAACAAGGAUACAGUAUCUUAUGGUCGAGUCUCUCUCACCGAUGCAACACCUGUUGCCAACAGUGGGAUGCCGCUCAGCAUCGCGUUCCCCGCUACAGUUACCUCUUUCGAGUUUGGUUUGAUGUAUCAUGCAGUGGAUGUGUCCAAUUGCCUUUCAUCUUGGAUGCCAGUUUCCCAAUUUGCACGGCUAGUUCCCUUAGAAGACAUUGGACAUAGUCGACUAAGAACUCUGUCUAAGUAUAUGGAGAAGCAUAGGCUUGUCGCAGUUUCCCCGACGAAGCCCUCAUUCGACGAUAGUACUGUAGAGGCCCACGUCUUGUAUUUCCCUGCAUCGUCGCCGAUUGUCAAGUACUUCUCUGGCAUUCCCGUAAUCAAGGACGUCGAAACUCCGUUCUUUGUAGCCAUCCUGGCCAGGCGCAUUCGGGACAAGCCACCUGAAUCUCCAUCGUCUUUGAACGAGUAUAACGUUUUCAAGGACCAGCCCAAGUACAUAAAAAACGCAGAACUCCAGCAUGCUCUAAGGAUCCUCAAAUAUCCUCCCUGGCUCCACGACUUCCUAUCGCGCCGUCCACGGGAUUACUGUGUCUGGUAUGAGGACGACAAACAGGACGUGCGCGGGAAGCAUAAACCUUUUGAUCUAAAGGGUGGGAACUUGGAAACUUAUUGGCUCGCAGCAAUCCUGGCCCAAUAUGGAGGUGUAAAUAAGGGAUACAAAGCCGAUGUUGAGGUUAUUUUUGUCCAUAUCGGGGCUGUAAAAACCCUUCACAAACUUAUGGCUUUGGUUGAGCGGCGGGCUAAGAGACCGGACAUCCUCUUCGUUACGUUUGGAACGCAUCAGAGAGUACAUCCGGAGCGAUGGGAAUUCCGACGUAUAUAUCCUAUAGGAGGUAUCAUGACGUUUACGCCGAAAGCUCUAGUAGAAGACCCCUUGGGUAUCCAUCAUCGAGUCAGUCAGAUAUCGGAAAAUAACAACUGGGAGGCGUACAUCAUGCCUGCUGCCCUCGGGAUGGCAGCGCACUUGCAUUACAAGAACGGGAAUGCGUUGGAGGCCUUUGACAAAGGCCAAUUUCUGUAUGACUUCCUUCUGACGGCUAUCGAUGAAGGCAAGAUUUCGUUCAUGUGUUCACCCCCCAUAAAUUCCCAUCCAGUUUGCCCAACGGAGCCAUUUAAAACAAAGCCGUUCUCUGAGCGCCGUUUCGAGGAGCCCAUCCAUGACUGGCUUCUAGAUCAAGCUCUCAUCAUUGCGGCGGGGCCCCGGGAGAUCUUGGAAUAUUCCAUCCGGGAAUUCAAAACGAAAUAUGGCAACCAGUCAGAAGAUCUGUACCCAUCUCUGAUACAAACAGACCUCAGUCAGGACCUUUGGCUCAUGCAGCAGCAGCCUGUGAUCAUGGAUCGUUAUCGUCGCUUUGUAGCGUUGAAAAGCGAGCUUGAAAAGCCUCCCGACCAGAAUGGGGUUGAAUGGUCCACGACGUCCACCUUUGAUUGUAAAGAUUUUUUUUCCAAGUAUAUGCAGCGUAAUGCAGUUUCCACAUGAACCAGACCCGUAAAGGAGUGUUAUGUCCGAGUUUGAAUUUCUGAGCCGCUGUGCAAGCAUGCUCUUGUAGAUACACAAGUAUAUAGCUCUGAUA